AUGCUUGGCCCUGCCGAGAGCGGACUUUUACACCUCGUCGAUGAGCUUCUCCUCAACAUCAUCGACCAUAUUGAUUCCCGAGAUGCGCUAUGCAGUCUCGCUGCGACAUGCACAAGAUUCCAGGGGCUUGUUGAGCCGUAUAUCUGGCGAAAUAUCGAGGUGCUCAAGGGCGAGCAUGCACGCAGGGUCGCCAGAGCACUUGACGCCCGGGAGGAGCGAUCGGAUUACAUCCAAGACCUUGCCAUCCGAUAUCACGACCAAUAUCGCGAUGGGAUAGAAGACUUGAAUCACUUUGUAGGCUUGAUGCGCAGGCUACGGCAUCUGCACAUUGAGAGCCCCUGUCCAAACAACUCAGAAUGGCAGCUAGGAAAGAUAUAUUUUGAUGGGUACUCGAGGAUCGACUACACCAACUUACUAGCUAGUGCCGUGUAUCCUCGGAUGGAUAUGCCCAUGGCUUUGCCCGCGUUGCAGUCGUUAACACUACAUGCGCAUGGCUCGGGAGACAAUAAGUUCACUCUUGGCCGUGCAGUUGCCAUGUUUAGACAUCCAACACUACGCAAUAUCACCCUGUCGUGCCUGAACUUCGACACCAGAGUCGGAGGGCCGUUUGAAGUUGCUGAGCACGAAGUCAAGUCGACGCCGCUUCAAUCGCUGACCCUCAUCGAAUGCAACGUUGGCGUGCAGUUUCUAGAUGCCGUUCUGAGUCUCCCAAAGGCCUUGAAGGAGCUAUCGAUUGGUGAGCGACUGCACGUCUUUGAAGGCUGCCAGCCGUUCAUGGAUCCAGACCACCGCACAUCCUCAAAGCUAUUCCUUACUGCGCUGCAAAGGCAAGCAGACUCCUUGCUGCGCUUGACCCACUGCGGAGGCCACCUUGGACACCUGACUCCGCGCGACACGGAUCCAGAGGGCGCUGCAAAACUACGCUCGCUGGUUCAACUCGAGCAGCUUGAACUAGGCUUCGAGUCACACCUUUACUACUAUCUCCGCCGGAAUGGUUUUCCACCGGCUCUCAAAUCUCUCAAGAUGCUCGACUCUGCCAUUUCCAUUAAUUCUGGCCAAAACCUGCGCUCCCUGUCUGAAAUCACCUUCAGGUCGCUUCUCUCGCUUGCCAAGGAAUGCCUACCCCAUACUCUGGCCGAAGACUUUACGCUACAUUUGAAGUUUUCAGACCACUCGUUCUUCCGUCUUUUCGAAAUCGGAGACCCGACCGAGCAAUCGCACUUCCUGAGUGCGCUCUUCUUCGACCGCGCAGCAACGUACAAGAUUGUGUCGACGCUGAAAUCGUACAGCCCAAAGUCGCAUUUCAUCGUCUCGCGCGAAACAUUUUCUGGUGGAAAGUCAUUUAUUCCACCGUACAUGCACGGCGAGGAGCUCCCGGUGGAAGAAGAAAUGUACAACAGCGAUGACUUUUGGCGCUUCAACGGUAUCAAUUACCGCAUCAUAGACGACGAGAACUGGAGGAGCGAGCUCAAGAAGGGAAACAAAUUGCGUGUUUGUAAGCGGUGCCAGCGAAGAGGAUUCAGUGUAGAUGAAUGUCUUAGUCUGGGAAACGGCAGCGCGUGUCUCCCUUGCUGCAGAGGCACCAGCGUAGAACCAUGUGAAUGGGACAACGAUGAAGAAGCCGACGAGCCUAUUACCGAACAGAACUAG